GCGUAUCUGUUACUUCUUAAAAGAAAAAGAACGAACGAACGUGUUUUGCAAAAUGAAGUGACAGUGUUGACAAACGUAUGGCAAAUAGAUGAAGAGGAAGUGGGGUCGGAAGAAUUAAUUGGAUACGGAGCAUCUGGAUCCGUUUACAAAGCUUUAUACAGAGACAUCAUUGUCGCUGUAAAGAAAAUGGUGGCCGUCGGGUUACCCAAGUCUAUAGAUGACUUUGAAACGGAGAUAAUGUUUAUGAGAACUGUAAGACACAAGAAUAUCGUUCUCUUCAUUGGUGCAGGAAAGUCUCAACCUGGAGAUGUUCCUUUUCUUGUCAUGGAAUAUAUGGAGCGAGGAUCUCUAAGAAAUGUACUAUACGAUUUAUCGAUUGAUAUCGACUAUGAGCGUAAGUUAUUAUUUGCCAUGGAUGUAGCAAGAGGUAUGCAUUUUCUUCACACGUUGGAACCGCCUCGAAUACAUCGAGAUCUAAAAAGCGAUAAUCUUUUGGUAAGCAGAGAAUGGAUUGUUAAAGUGGCUGAUUUCGGUUUAGGGAGAGACGUUAGCUGUAACACAAGAAGAAUAGACGGACGACAGAUUAGACAUCGAUAUCGCUCAGAUCAACAACGGAUUUCUCUUCUUCCAAAACGAGAAGGUUUAUCUUAUGCAGGUGUUGGAACCGCGAGGUGGCGAGCUCCGGAAUUGACUCUUCGAGAACCAUACGAUACUGCAGUAGACGUUUACAGUUUUGGAAUUGUGUUGUGGGAAAUCUGGACAAGACAGCUUCCAUACGAUCAAUAUAGAUUCGUUCAUCAAGUAACCGACGCCGUUGUUGCAAACGAAAGACCUGUGAUUCCUCAAGAUUGUCCACAGCCGUUAGCCGUGAUUAUAAAAGACUGCUGGUCACCCAGACCAUCACACAGACCUUCGUUCGGUCAAGUUAUUUCGCAACUUCAAUCUCUCCAGAGCAUCUAGAUGACAAUCUUGCAUAGAUUCAACAGCAGGAUGGAGUGUGGAGCUGGUUGCACCCUAACCUAGUAACACUGCCUUCUGAUAUUGUAUCUGUAGCAACCUGUAUUAUU